AUGAGUCGAGACGAAGUGGAGUUGGUAGCCAGUUUUAAGUUCCUGGGAGUCACUGUUAAGGAGAAUCUGACCUUGGGCACUCAUACGGCAGUGUUGGUAAAGAGGGCUCAGUACAGACUGUACUACCUGAGACUUCUAAGGAACCAACAACUGAAUGAAAAACUACUGGUGACUUUCUACCGCUGGUCACAGAUAGCCAUGAUUCCCAGAUAUUCCUUGAGGGGACCAUUCAGAGGGCACAUGAGUAUCAAAAGUAGCCUCUUUUCUCCUAGUUCUUCCUGCAAGCUGUCAAGUCAGUACAUCAUCCAAGACCAAAUGGCCACACAUUACAGAAAAUUGCUGUCUGCCAAAGCUGCUGUUGAUUCAUCUGCUCCAAGGAGUUUGAACACAAGCAUCAAAUACAGGGACCAGAAGAAAAGAGAGAAGCUAAUCCAAGCAGUUCAUAAAUUCAAGAAAGAAAUUGAUAGGAAUCCUUCAAUACCCUCAGGCCAUUCCAGGAACAUUUCCACGGAGAAUCGUAAAUGGCUACAGAGCAGCCUGAAUUUGCUAUCAGGUGGAAAAAUGUCACCCUUGAAAAAAAGAGAAGAUUGCCCUCUUAAUUAUUUAAAAAUGACACUUCCAGGUCAUCAGUCUCCAGUUUUGAAGUCAGAGGAGAUCAUUCAAGAUAUUCUCCACUGGCCUUUAUCUCAGAUUUCCAAUAAAGGAAGAAAUAUGGUGCAGAAGCAUAGUCCACAGGUUCGCUGGUCUUAUCCCCCUCUUCCAAGCCAAAGCAGGAUGAAGAUGUUUCAAAUCCCUUGGAAGACAGCUCUCAGUCGAGAUCUACUAGACACACAUGCACGAUACUUUACGGAAACCAAACAGCCUUUUACGCCCAAAGUUUUAAAAACAGCAAGUACAUCUUUCCUUUCAAAGUACAGGUAUUAUAACCAGCCAUCUAAAAAGAAAAGUCUUUCAGCUGCCCCACAACAAUAUAAAAAGUCAACCAAGAUUUGCAGGUCUUUGGAAGAUGAAUCUCUAAGAUCUUAUGCAGAUCAUUGCACACAGCAUCCAGUCAAGAAGCAACCCCAGAGCUCGGUUUCUCUACAAUCAGUGCUAUGUGCAAAAGAAGAAGAACUGAAAUACCUUCAGUUUCUGCAGGAAGUCACAGAUGACAUUUUGAUGAGAAGCUGUUAUGGCAAGAAUGUGUUAGGUGAUAUAUUUCAGAUGCACUAUAGAGACAGAAGGUGUGAUCUUGAUGAGGUAAAAAUGCAAAGAAUCUUUCAAGCCCUGAAGCAUGAUUUGAACAUCUGCACUCAUUUGCCAAAUUCUUCUGUCAGGUACUCUGGCUUGGAGCCCAAGAAUAGCAGGCUCAAUGCACCUUAUGUGUAGUCACCAAUUUUCAAGUUGCAAAGAUCCUCUGAAGCAGCAGCAGAAGCAGACAAGGGCAACAGACUUUGUUACAAGUGAAGAUGGUUUACUAUACAGAGCAUAAUGCAGUACUACACCUUAAUUCAGCUUAAUUAUUUGCAGAAACUACCUGCUGAGUUGCAGAUUUUUCUAUGCAGACAUACGAGGGUU